AUGGCGCACACACCAACUCUCACCCUCAGCAGUGGUCACACGAUUCCGCAACUUGGCUUCGGUACCGCCGUAGGAUUCGAUCUCCUCCACUACUCUCUCCUACUUGGCGCGAAGGCGAGAAUGGCACAAGCUGUGAAGGUGGCCAUCAGCACAGGAUUCCGUCACUUUGACAGCGCCAUGUUCUACGACACCGAAUCGGAGGUGGGAGCCGCCAUAGCCUCAUGCAUUGAAAAGGGCGGCGUGAAACGCGAAGACUUCUUCAUCACUUCAAAGCUUUGGUGCGACAAGCACGCCCCCGAGGAUGUGCGCAAAGCAUGCGAGCAGUCACUGAAGAACUUUGGCUUGGAGUACUUGGAUCUCUACCUCAUCCACUGGCCUGUAUCUUUUCAUUGCAAGGAGGGUGUCAGGUACGAUAUCGAUGACCCGAAUUGUGUUGUCAAUGAGCAUCAUAAGCUAGAGGAUACGUGGAAGGCCAUGGAGGAGUUGGUAUCGGCUGGACUCGUCAAGUCGAUCGGAGUGUCCAACUUCAACAAGCGCCAAUUGGAACGCAUAUUGGCGUCGUGCACAAUCUGUCCAGCGGUGAAUCAGGUUGAAGUUAAUAUCCACUGUCCCAACACG